AGCAGCAGCAGCGCCAGAUUACCGAGGUUCCUGGGCUGCUGGGGGUGGUUGGGGAGAGGGGGAAGGUGGAUGGGGUUUACCGUCCUCGUUCCUGUCGUCUGGAGUGGAGAUUGGGGAUAUCAGCGUGGUGGAGGUGACUUCAGUUGAGGAUGAAGAGGAGGAUGUGGAGAGUGGUGUGGUUGGGUCGUGCAGGGAUGGGGAGACGACUCAGGGAGGUAGGGGCGGAGAGGAGUUGAUUGUUCGUGAGGGAGCUAUGGUGGCAGUGGUGGGAGCUGGGGGAUUGACUGUUGCAAAUGCAGGAGUAGGAAGAGCACGAGGGGGAGGAGGGAAAGGAGGAGCAGGAGGGGCAGGAGGGGCAGGAGGGAAGGGGUAUGAUGGAGAGGUGGAGGUAGGCGGGGAGGAGGAUGAGAGUGUGAGGAAGAGUAGGGAGUGGACUGUCAUGUCGUUCCUUAGCUUGGGAGGGAGAGGGGAUGAUGACGCUGCUGCUGCUCCUGCCGCUGCUGCUACUGCUGCUGCUGAUAGCGGUUCUUACGCGGUGGCGGCUGUAGGAGAGGGAAGAACAGGAGGAGUGAAGAGACGGAGCGGGAAUGGGGAGGAAGAGGAGGAGGAAGAGGAAGAGGAGGAUGAGGAAGGGGCGGAGGAGGAGGAGGAGAGGAGAGUGGAGGGCGGAAGGGGUGGGAGUGGGAGUGGGGGUAAGGGUGGGAGUGGGUGGGGAGUAGGGGCGAUAGGAUGGGGAGGAGGGGGGGCGGGGAAACGAGCAAGCAGCAACAAGGAACCUUCUGGAGAGAGUGGAUGGAAGCUUCCUCGUCUGAGCAUGAAAUUUUCCUCACCCAAGCUGCAACCCCGGCAACCACAACAGCAGCAGCAGUCACCAGGAGCGGGGAGGCGGGGGGUGGCAGUGCCAGGGGUGCGGAGAUUCGCCCUGGCGGAACUGCAGAUGGCAACGGACGACUUCUCCCCGCACACCAAGCUGAGGGACCACCCUCUGGGACCCGUGUACUGUGGCGACCUGCCUGAUGGCACGGAAGUGGCAGUGAGGCGGAUAGAAGCAGCAAUAGUAGAAGGACAAUCCGAUUCGGACUUUGAAGCAGUAGCGGCCAACAUGGCACGGCUGCAGCACGCCCACGUGGUGCCGCUGCAGGGGUACUGCGUGGAUGGCGGCGAGAGGAUGCUGGUGUUUGAGCAUUUUCACCUGGGCAGUCUGUACGAGCACCUGCACGAUGGCAGCCGGAGCAUGCUCAUGACGUGGGACACGCGCGUGCAGAUUGCUGUCGGCUGCGCUCAAGCCUUAGAGUAUCUGCACGAGGAGUGUGUGCCGGCCAUAGUGCAUCGGGGCAUCUCAUCACGAGCCAUCCUGCUGGACGACCACAUGAGCCCGCGCAUUGCCGAUGCUGGGCUGGCUGUGCUCAACCCCACUGACGCUGAGGCUCAGACACUGUCAGAGCAGUUGGUGGGAGGGUACGCGUACAAUGCACCAGAGUAUGCCAUGUCAGGGGUGUACACAGCCAAGAGCGACGUGUACAGCUUCGGAGUGGUGCUGCUGGAACUGCUAACAGGCAGAAAGCCCGUCGACCCAUCCAAGCCCAAGUGGGAGUCUUCACUGGUGCGCUGGGCGGCCCCUCUGCUGCACGAUGUGGUGGAGCUAGAGCGCAUGGUGGACCCAACCCUGGCUGGGCCUGUGCCUGAUCCUCUCACUCUCACUCGCUACGCGGAAGUGAUUGCAAGAUGCAUCCAGCCUGAGCCUGAGUUCCGCCCGUGCAUGUCCAAGGUGGUCCGAGACCUGUGCCGCAGAGUGCGCAAAACCCCUGCUGCCACUGCUGCCACCAGCAGCAGCACCAGCACCCAACUCGGCCCCGACGCAUUCUGA